GCCAUGCACUGUUGGACGCGAAGUCUAGGUGUUCGGACUGUGUCUGCACAUGAAUCGAGUCGCACUGUCUGUCGUCACAUCAAGACAGCACAGGCAUACAGUACAUCAGUGCCGGGCAGUACUCCAAAAGUCAACAGAACAUCGACCACAAGGAAAUAAACAAAUCGAAAGUCACAGAAAUCACGAGCAGUGUAAUCGCUGCACGUCUCAGUCACCACGUGCUGCUCUCACGAAAGGGAAAAGGCCCGACGCGGAGUCUCAGCACAAAUCAACAGUAUACGCGAUACACACAGACAGACACAGGGCGCCAGCCACAGCGCGCACACACACGCACACACGCACACGGACACACGGACACAUACAUGCACUCACACAACGGCACACACCGGCACACGCACACGCAGAGAACAUACUGCAGUCCAGCCACCCGGCUCCUUUCGCUGGGCAUCGCAACAUGCAGGUCACACACAAGGAAAGAACAGACGAUACCAACGCAUGUAGGUCAGAUUGUCCGCAUUCACGGCUGCAGAAGUCCCUUGAGGCUUUCCGCCAGCUGCUCGACCACCGCGUCCGGCUCCUCGCUCUCCUCUGUCUUGAGCUCGAGCUGGCGGGCCAUCGCCGCGUUGGCUUUCUCGAGUGCUGUGAUCUUGGCCUGCAUGUCCUGGACCACUCCCACGGUGCGAUACAGCAGCUGCAUCAAGCCCACUCCCUCUUCUUCCACUUCCUCUUCGGCCUCCCACUGAGUCUCUUGCGAGACAACCUCAGGGAGGACGGCCUUCACGUCAGCAGGCACCAAGCCGAGCUUCACAGACCCCUGUUCGUCUUCGUAGGUCUUCAGAGACAGCUUCGAGAAGCUGCAAGACAAAGAGCAGAGCACAGGAAAGCAGUGCACGCAGAAAUGUGUUGACUGUAAGCACCCGUCGUAGGUCGCCUGUCGGGCCUCUUGCUCAGGUCUGAGGCACGCCUGUCGCCGGCGACGGGUUCGAGUAGACCGAAAGGAGGUUUCCUGUCCCUUAGUUCGUUAACGAAUAUCGUAGGAAAGUAGAAGUUCCUCAUCGACUCCAGGGCACUGUGGGGGUGCCAUACUGCAUGCAUCCAGCCACGCACUCGCUUCGUGUACUGUACGGGCCGAUAGCUCUUGCUUACUGAUGCGUCGGUCGCCAGGGAACCUGAUGCCAUGCUGUGUCCGGUCAGUAGUGAGGAUGUUCAGGCCGUUUUGUGAGUCCACUCUGUCCCCAGCAACGACGACGUUGUUAGCGAUCACGUUAUUCCCAGCCCUGACGUUGACAUCACCGAGCACGCUGCCCGCAGACCUGACGUCGCCGCCAGCGACCACUUCACCGUUCCGGGCGGUUGCCUCCGGUUUCUUGUCGUUCUUCCCUGCACGCAAAGCGACGAAGGAAAACGUACGUGUGGAGACUCAGUGCUUCCACCCCUUCUCUCACAGCACACACACAAACCGGCGUAGAUAUACUUGCAGUCACCCUUGUCAUCUGCAGACACGCGUGGACGACGUCGUGUGUCACUGUGCAGCUGGCUCUCUCACUGUACGUGCGUCUCUGACCUGGGUCACAGCCGCACAGCACGCGGCCCGGGAGGAGCGUCGCCAGAAGAAGCACGCACAGACGGAGGAAGCACGCCAUUUCGAUUUGCGGAUCUGAAGGAAUCUG